AUGUCCCUCACCAACGCAGACCCUUCCCACGCCGCCCUCGAGGCCAAGACGGCUUCCCUCGCCCUCGCCACCCUUUCCAACGAGGACCGAAACGACGCCCUCGACGCCAUCCACGCCGGCCUGCUCGCUGCCAAGGACGACAUCCUCGCCGCCAAUGCUCGCGACAUGGAAAAGGCCCGCGAGGCUGCCGCUGGCGGUUCCCUGUCCCAGAGCCUGGUCUCGAGGCUUGAUCUGGCCAAGCCGGGAAAGUUUGAUGAUAUGCUCAAGGGUAUCAGCGACGUAAAACAUCUGGAUGAUCCCGUUGGCAAAAUCACCCUCCGUACCAAGCUCGACGACGGCCUCACCCUCGAGCGCGUAACCUGCCCCAUCGGCGUCCUCCUCAUCAUCUUCGAAGCUCGUCCCGAAGUCAUUGCCAACAUCGCUUCCCUCGCCAUCAAGUCCGGCAACGCCGCCAUUCUCAAGGGCGGCAAGGAGUCCACCGAUUCCUUUGUCGCCAUCUCCACCGUCAUCUCCAAUGCCCUCGACAAGAGCAAGGUCCCCAAGGGCGCUAUCCAGCUCGUCACCACCCGCGACGUCAUCCCCCAGCUCCUCUCCCUCGACCAGUACAUCGACCUCGUCAUCCCCCGCGGCUCCAACGAGCUCGUCAGGUACAUCAAGUCCUCCACCAAGAUCCCCGUGCUUGGCCACGCCGACGGCCUCUGCUCCGCCUACCUCGCCCCCUCCGCCGACCCCGCCGUGGCUUCCAGGGUCAUUGUCGACUCCAAGGUCUCCUACCCCGCCGCCUGCAACGCCCUCGAGACCCUCCUCGUGGACCGCCAGGCCCUGUCCACCUCCUUCCCCGUCGUCGCCAAGGCCCUUGCUGAGCAGGGCGUCACCCUCCGCUGCGACACCGAGACCAAGCAAGCUGCCCUCGCUGCCGAUUCUGCCCUCGACUCCAACGUCCAGGAUGCUCAGGAAGCCGACUUCGACACCGAGUUCCUCAGCCUUACCCUCGCCGUCAAGGCCGUAGGCUCCGUAGAUGAGGCCAUCCUCCACAUCAACACUCACGGCUCUCACCACACCGAAACCAUCCUGACCUCUGACAAGGACGAGGCCGAGAGGUUCAUGUCCGCCGUCGACACCGCGGGCGCCUACUGGAACGCCUCCACCCGUUUUGCGGAUGGCAUGCGUUAUGGCUUCGGCACCGAGGUCGGCAUCAGCACCAACAAGAUUCAUUCCCGUGGGCCCGUUGGCCUCGAGGGUUGA